AUGGAGCGUCCACAAAUCAUAUAUAAAAAUAAUGGUAAUUUUGAAGAAGUAACAGAUCUUGUUAAUGAAACAUUACGUGAUAUUAUCAGUGCAUGUGAAAAUGAUAAUGUACAUCAAUUAGAAACAGUUUUACAAUCAAUUGAAACAGUUAAACUUGAUCGUUAUUUGAAUGCAAUGAUGGAAUUAUAUCGUUCUCCAACAUACCUAUUAACUCCAUUAAUGUUUGCAUCUAUUCAUGGACAUAGUUCAAUUGUUCGUUUUUUAUUAGAAAAUUAUUCUCAUUAUUGUAUAGUUGAUGCACUGAAUUAUUCGUCUGACUUUAAUUAUGAUUCUUUUAAAUAUGAAGGAUAUUUCUAUAGACAAACAGCACUUUGGCUUGCUGUUCAAAACAAACAUUUCAAUGUUGUUCAAAUAUUGAUAUCACUUGGAAAAGCAAAUGUUAAUCAUAUGGCAGAUGAGUCCGAAGGAAAGUCAUGGACACCAUUAGAAGAAUAUCAUGCAAGAAUUGUUAAGAAUAACGUGGGAUACACGCCAUUAACAAUAGCUGGUAUAGAAGAUGAUAAGCUUGUUAUGAAUUAUUAUAUGAAUAAUGAUGACAAAUCUUGGUAUACAACUUCACAAAUCAUUGAUGAACUUGAAUUAAUUGGAUGUUAUCAUUUGACAUCGAAUAAAGUCGAUAGAUAUAGCAAAUCUUAUGAGUAUUUUCUACGAGCAAUGAAAUUAAGAUACAAAGACUUAAACAAACCAAUUCUUAAAACUAAUCUUCUACCACCGAUGGAAGUUUAUGAUUAUUAUAUUGAAUGUCAAACAAUCGAAGAGUUAGAACUGAUUAAAAAUGAUCCAGAUCGUAUCAUGAUGCAAGGUCUUGUGAUAUGGGAACGAUUGAAUAUAACAUUCGAUUUUCUUAAUCAACUUAAUACUCAAGCUUUAUAUUAUGCAAAUAACAUAGAAUAUCAACGUGCUAUACAAUUAUAUACACAUGCAUGUUAUCUUCGAAUAAAGACACAAAUUGAUGUACAUGGAUAUUUAGAAGGUCUCAAGAACUACUUUCAUGGAGAUAACGAUAGAUUUCCUUGUUCAUCAAACGAAAUCGAACCCACCGAAGUAUAUCAUAUAGAUCAAUGUUUAUCUAUUAUACUUAAUCUAAUUUUUAUUGGAAUUGAAAUCUUAAGAUAUAGUGGUGAAAAAGAACGAGAACGACGACGAAUUAUUCAUCAAUUAGUUCAACAAUUACUUGAUUUUGAUUAUCGUACUGUAUCUGAUAACAAAACAUUAUUACAUCUUUCUUUGAUUCCAUACCACAAGGAUCGGUGGCUUGGUCAUAUUGGUAUUGUCACAACAUUUCCAUCUCUACCGGUUGUAAAAUUCUUGUUGUCUUGUCGAGCAUCAGUCAACGCAAUUGAUAAUGAUCAUUAUACACCAUUGCAUGAUUUUGUUCUAAGUGAUUAUAAACAUUUUCCCCAUCUUCAAUGGAUUGAUAUAGAAAAUAUAUUUAAAUUGCUUAUCAAUUCUGGUGCACAUCUUGAUGCAAUUGCUCAUGGGCGAACACCGAAAGAUUGUGCUAAAGAUACAAGAUUUCAACGUCUUUUUGAAAUGCAUCCCAUUCAAUUGCACUUAAAAUGUAUUUGUGCUCGACUAAUUCAAAAGGAAAAGAUCAAUUAUAUGAAUUCGAUACCUACACAUUUGCAAUCAUUUAUUGAAAUGCAUUGA